UUAAACUACGCACAAAGCGCGAAAGUAAACAUUUCAUUUUCAAUUCACUUGUCGCCGAGUGAAAAUCAAGUGCCGUCACCGACAGUUACUUAAUUAAAUUAAAUUAAAAGUGUGAAAAAAUUAAAGUGAAAAUGUUUACACAACAUAACAUCCAAGUUUGGGUUUUCAUGCUAUGCAUUGCCUUCACCCUUGUAUGGGCGCGUCCACAACGGUAUGCACACAUCGCGGUAAUCGAAAAUGAUGCAUAUGAACAGACCUUACCCAACGCGCUGAGAAAUCCCUUCUACAAGACGCCUCGAGUACGCGAGGCACUAGCCAAAUCCAGCUGGUUCGGACCGGGCGAAGAGCCGGUAUAUGAUCGGCAAGCGGAGAAAAUACCACGCGCUGAGAUCUACAACGUGCUCGCACAUGCCGGCUUCAUCAAUCGAAGAGGAAAACUAAUUUAAGUUGGCGACCAAGCAUACCUAGAAGAGUUCUGAGCAUCAUAAAGGAGAGUUAUCUGUAGCUAUACAAGUGGGGUUAUUCGUGAACCAACGAACAAACAGCUUAUUUACCUAACCUAACCUGACUGAGAAAUGUACAUUUAGCAUCGAAAAUAUCAUACUUAUAAAAAUGUAUUUUUAUUUAGGAUUCGUUGUCAACAAACAAAAUCGUGUAUUUGUAUUAUAUUACAACAGAUUUAAUUUAUAUUUUAAAAAUAUUUCAUUGCAGUCAUAAACAUUAAGUGUUGCACAGUCGCAGAGUAAAUGAGACAAAUUGAUACAUUUGUGGUUUGUGUGUUUUACAGUUAUACAAAAUUGUACAUAUUGAAACGGAUUUAAAUAUAUUUAGCUUAGUAGGAACUAAGCGUUUAGAAAAAAUUA